AUGGACAGUGGUCUCAGCACCCUCCUUAGUCACCCUGUUUUGGUCCAACCAUUGGCCCUUUCCCAAAGUUGGUCAACUGGCUGCUUUCAGCGCCUCCGUACUCAUCCAUACACACCACCCUGGUUCGUGUCCGACAGUUCACCAUUCCGCCGCCAACCCAAGUUCACCGUUCCACCACCACCAUUCCACUGCCAACCCAAGUUCACUGUUCCACCAUCAACCCAAGUCUCGUCGAUCCGAAGCGUUCCCACGUCGGCUCGCCCGCUGCCUGUAUAUCAACGGGCAGCUGUGCGGGAUAGAGAGGUAACGCACUGA